AUGCAGCACGUCUUGCCGCAGUUUCAAAAAGCACAGUCUCGAGGAGCAUCUGAGAGGAGAUCAUCUUGUUUGCAGCGCCAUCCAAUUAACCCACUUGCCAAGGAAUUUGACUACCGAGAGUCUGAGCGGGUUUUUGCAGAGGCCUCUGUAACAACCGUUUGCGGCAACGGUCGGGACAUUGCCAUUGACGGCGUUCCAGGAAUAGGGUCUCUUUGUAAUCCGCGCGCCGUAUCCAUCUACGCACCCGAUAAUCCGCCUUAUUCAGCUACAGACACAUUUCAUCUGCUUAUCGCCGAUUCUACAGGGCUACGAGUGGCUAGUCGCUCGGUUUUACGCACACUUAAGACCCUAACAACUAAGAACUCUGUAGCGUCUGUUUCCAUCGCGGGGGUCGUCCAGGUUCCUUUGGGUGUGGUGUUCACAGAUGAUAUUCAUCAUAAGAUAAAGCUGCUGCGCCCUCUUCCUUCCAAUAAGAUGCUAGACCCCUAUGAUUCACUUCUAGACAAAACAUUUUAUACGGAGCAGCGCAAGGACAAACGAAGUGCAGAUGUUACGCACAGUUUGAUAACUCUCUCAGGCUCUGUCGCGGGCCAUGCAGACGGGCUGAUCACCAAGGCGCUCUUCAACAGACCUACUGGACUCGCCAGUGCAUGCAGCGGCCGAAUAAUUCUGAUUUGCGAUACCGGAAAUAAUUGCAUUCGUUGCCUCGAUAUUCAAAACCACUUUGUGACUACGCUUGUGGGUACUCCUGGAAAGUCGAAGUCUGAAUACAUGACUAAGAGACAAUCAAACCCGCUGGAUCCUUUUGUGAGGGAGGCCAUUCCUAUUGACAAGGCAACCCUCAGAAGGCCGAUGGGGAUCUGCAUCUCCAGUACAAAACCGGGGGUUGUUUAUAUAACAGACACCGGUAACCACACUGUCAAAAAGAUAGACACGAUCAAUCAGCUAGUUCAAAACAUCGCUGGGUUAGAGGGUCAAGCGGGGUCCUCCCUGGGCUAUGAGAGUAUGCUCAAUACACCGAUAGGAAUAUGCGAACUGCCAGACAGAACGCUCUUAGUAUCUGACAAGGUGGGGCUGCACCGUGUCUGUCCAGAUAGAUGUUUUCUUUGGCAAGUGUCAAGCACUAGAAAAAGCUCGGGCUGGAGAGACGGCCCUCUCGCAAAAGCCCUGUUCAGUAGUCCGAAUGGACUUGCCUUCGACGGAGAGCACGUGUUUGUUUGCGAUAUUGGAAACCAGAAUAUCCGCAUGAUCACGUUUGGCGCAGUGACAGCCCAGGAUGGUGCAUCGGCCCUGAACGCGGCAUUAUCUGAGCACCAGGAAAGCAACACCGGGAACCCUGGUGCUCCUAAGCAGGAAAGAGAUGGGCGAGCUAUGCCCGUUGAUAGAACAGAAGACUAUGGGAAACACAUUAGCUAUCAGAACGGUGCGCAGGACUACGAUGAUAACGACACUGUUGAAAUACACGGGAGCAGGGCAUCCUAUUCUAAAGAAAAGGCAAUUCCUUCUUCAGUCAAAUUCACAACAGCGGAUAAUAUUCGCCACGUGCGGGAGCGCAAGCGAAGUGGUACUCCAGAUUAUGGUUACUACCGACACAUGCAUCGAGAAGAAAAGCAGAGAAUUCAAUCAGAGUCCAGUGACAGCACAGAGAUGAUAGAAAAAGUUGUCGUUACUCCUAUGGAAGGUAGCCACGGAAAAACUUCUAAUCUUAGCCCUAAGACUCUGGAUGCAAGGGCACAGUCUCUGCAGGCGCGCACGGGGUACAACUUUAAGACAGUGCGAAGAACGGAUUCUUCGGAUGCUAACGCCUCUGAAGCGCGGGUUGGUGGCCCAAUGGACCCACUGCUUAAAGAGGAUGACGUUCCCAAUCUUACUAAAAUAGAAGUUCUUAGGGGUACAAAUGCAUCUCUCCAUAAUGCGAUAUUAGAACCUCAUCUACAGGUUGAGAGUGUAAUUGAUGCCGCAAGGGUGACUGGAGCCGGCACAGCGGCUGUAGAGCAAACAGUUUUUACUAGAACGCGAAAGUCAACUGGACAUGAUGAGAUUAGUAUAAGUGGCACCCGUGUCAAUCAUACUCCCGAUACGGUCUUAGAGCAAUUUAGGGUAGAGCCGUACACUAAUUCACGAGCAGGUGGAGACCACUUGAUGGCUCAUACACAGAACACAGCACCCCACCAACUCCAAAAGCACGAGCACUUAACAGAAGCGGAAGACGAAUAUACUCUAUACAAGUCACUGUCAUCAACUGCCAGUACUGGCGCCAGGUCCAUGAACGAUUGCUCAUUUCCCUCACGAAAUAUAGACACACCAAUGGUCACACUAGGGCGCUUAGACAAGAGAGCCAAGAGCAGUGCAACAAAGCAGCUUCCAUACCUUAACGACCCCAUGUCUCCAGAGGCUUCAGACAAGCUACAGGAUGGAGGUAGCAAGACAGGGCAGAGAAGAACUAGACCAGGGUCCCACAGAGAGUACAUAGCCACCUCAAUAGAGUCGGAAUCGUCACGUUCUGGGUCCGAUGGCCGACGAUUCAGGCCAGAAUCCAUAAGGAAAAGAUCCAGUAGCUGGGGCAGUCCACACAAAUCCAAGGAGGCUUCAGAUUUGCGAAUAUCACCCUCAUUGUCAAAGAGGUUCACCAAUCCACCAAGAAACAUUAACGACUUAUUACUCAGCAAAUACCAAGAGAAGCACAAAAGUUUCUUCGUAGCACUUGUACGGUGCUCACAUAGUCACGCAUCCAUGGUAUUCUCGCAUGUUCCCAGGAGAGAUGGCGAGAUCACUGCAUUAGACUUCUACUCCAUGGUAAUAUCUCGUUGCAUAGCUGCAAAGUUCCUCCUCCUCAUGGUGAAGGUGGUGGACGGAGAUCAGCUAUGCACAGCUGGUUUUGACUCUCUGGGAAGACAAGCUCUGUCACUUAAUGACUUCGGGAAACAUAACGGGGCGCAUUCUCGCGGAAAGACAGCCAAGAAUGCAUCACUGAGUAUGGGAGCAGCUGCUAUCUUUUCUGUUUAUGGAGACAGUGCAGACCUUUCUGUUAAAAGCAUAACAGUGAGUGGAGUUAAGACUAAGAUCACUACAAAGUUUGGGAAGUCACUAGACCUCUCAUUGAUACAAUUCCCCGAUCUCAUUGACAGGACAAUGUGGCGAUCCUCGGCUCAACUCUCACAGAUAAUAGACAAUGCAGAGAUCGAUGAAGAAGAAAACAAAGAAAAUAUAACUCUGGUGUGUCCAAUAGAAAUAACCUUUUCAUAUCAGCAGAUACGGAGCACAGCAACAGUUGACCUUUUGUUAACAAAUGAAAAGCUGACCUUAAGGUACACUACAGACGAGUGCACACAUCAGCUAUGCGGCUUUUUGCAUACACAGGCACUCUAUCCAAUUCAGAUGUAA